AUGAAUAGCAGAGAAGAUACGGAGCUAUCUGCCGCCCAUGCUCCGCUCCUCGCACAAGAGCCUGUACUGAGGCAACAUGACGAAGACCAGUCAAAGCACUCGAGCGGCCGGUUUAUUUGGUAUUUGACCUUCUCUGCUGGUAUUAGCGGUCUUCUUUUUGGAUAUGACACCGGUGUCAUAUCGUCCACGCUCGUAUCUAUCGACUCUGAUCUCUCGAACCGCCCCCUUACAACUUUGGAUAAGAGUUUAAUUACGUCGUGCACAAGUCUCUUUGCUCUCAUCGCAAGCCCGCUGGCGGGCAUUUUGGCAGAUAGACUUGGUCGGAAAAGGGUUAUUCUUGUCGCGGACGUCCUCUUUACUGUAGGGUCAUUCAUACAAGCUGCUACCGGUGAAGUAUGGGGUAUGAUCAUUGGGAGAAGUAUUGUUGGCUUUGCGGUCGGCAGUGCUAGCCUGGUUACACCUUUGUAUAUAUCGGAGCUGGCACCUUCAGAUGCGCGAGGGAGAUUGGUCACUAUACUGAGUCUUUUUAUCACUGGUGGUCAGGUUGUAGCAUACAUCAUCGGCUGGCUAUUCUCCUACGUUGGUGGUGGGUGGCGCUGGAUGGUUGGCUUGGGAAUGCUUCCGGCAGUGUUCCAACUCAUUAUUGUUGUGGCUUUGCCCAAGACACCCCGAUGGCUGGUACAAGCAGGUUACGAGGACAAGGCUCAGAGGAUUCUGUCAGAGGUUCAUCAGGACGACCAGACCGCGAAACAAACACUGCGGGAUAUCCAACAAGAGGUUGCCGAAGAGAAUUCUUCGAAUAAAAGUGCAGGCUUCAAGCAGCGCUCGCACGACCUGUUCAAAAUCGCGGGCAAUCGAAGAGCUUUGACUAUCGCCGUGAUGCUCCAGGCAUUACAGCAGCUCUGUGGCUUCAACAGCUUGAUGUAUUUCUCAGCAACAAUUUUCUCCCUUCUGUCAUUCUCGUCGCCUACGCUUACCUCGUUAUCCGUGGCCCUGACGAACUUCCUCUUCACACUGCUUGCGUUUGUCUAUAUUGACCGGAUUGGGCGCCGUCGCAUCUUGCUAUAUUCGAUACCCGUGAUGAUCAUCUCGCUCUUCGUCUGUGCUGUGACAUUCUCCUUUGUGGAGUUGCCGAAAGAUACAUCAGAGGCGCAAGCUCGUCAAGCCGCGACGGAUAGUUCCGUUAUCCCACUGUUAAUCCUUCUAUGUCUCACAGUGUAUACAGCAGCGUACGCCUUUGGCCUCGGCAAUGUCCCUUGGCAGCAAUCAGAGCUCUUUCCUCUGAAUGUGCGGUCGCUUGGGUCUGCCCUUGCAACCGCAACAAACUGGGGCUCGAACUUUGUUGUCGGGCUUACUUUCCUCCCGAUGAUGGAGUUGUUAUCUCCGAGUCUGGUUUUUGCGCUCUACGGGGUCGUUUGUAUUGCCGGAUGGUUUGGCGUACGAACUUUCUACCCUGAAAUGAGCGGGCUCAAUUUAGAAGACGUAAAGGCCCUUCUUGCGGAUAGCUGGGGUGUAAGAGCGAGCUUGAUUGGGGUUCGGAAUAGAUCUGCUUAG